GGUUCUCACACCCCCUCGACAGGUUUUGCAUCCUAUAAACACAUACCUUGGCCAGCUCCAUAUGUGCAUAUCCCCUGUGAAAAAAAAAGAGUGUUAAUUAAAUCCUGGCUUAGCUAAUCCGCUCCCCACUGCGACUGAACCCUCUUUUCUUAUUUCUUCGGCAACUUCUUCUUCUUCGAACCUCCUACUAACAACCAACCAACCAACCACCAACCAACACACACACUCACUCAUCAAACAAUCAAUCAAAGCCAACGACUAUCCAACUCAAACUGGUGCAAGUAACCCCAUCCUGAUGUGUUGUACUGGGGCCCAAUGGAAACGAGAAGAGGUACCAGAUCACAAAUGGGACUUUGUCGACGUACGAGAGUUUCACAACUCAGGUUGCAUGAGCUAUUUCCAAUAUUGUUUUCUUUACGUCCUAGUCAUCAAAUCAGUCUUAGUCUACGCCUCAGAUCUAUAUACGAUGGUCCUCCUGCUCGCCUCAAAUCAUUGGGCCGGUUCGAUUCUAGAGAGCUCAGGCGGAAGUAGCGCGAUGAACGUCCCAUUCAAAAUCGGAAAAUGGAUCUUCUUUGGCUGUAUCAUCUUCUCAUUCCUACUACUCGCCUGGGAAGCCAAGAAGAGUCGAGCAAUCAUUCGAAGUCGAGAUAUCAGUUAUGCUUUCACCAACGUCAUGGCCAACAAUUACUAUUCAAUCAAAUCAUACGAUCAUUUUUGCUUUUUCUCUCAGAUCAACAAUUCAAAAAAGAAGAAGGACGACUUUGCAUUCUUUGUAUUCUUCACUUUCAAGGGCUGGAAGAGACUACUACUGGCCGAUGCACCUCGUCAAGUAAUCAAUGGCAUCACUCUCUAUUCAUUUGCCAGGUCUGUCGGCUUUACGACCGAUAUCUCAAAGUGGUACGAUGGCAGCUUUGCCAAGGCUUCCGUCCUCAUCUCCAUGGCAUUCACCGUCACCAUUUGGAUUGGUUCAUUCGUACUCCUGAUGGCUGCUGCUUUCCUCUACGUUCCUCUACUGUGUUAUAUUCAAGGCAACCUGAAAGAUAUUGCUGUCAUAAAGGUCGAUAAAAGCCGGCGGGCUGGUAGCAUCAGGAACGUCUCUCGGGUCGCUCAACACGCAUAUCCACCCUCCCUCGGCCAUCAUUACCCCGCCAGUAACCCCGGUACUGCUUAUGCCCCUAGUAAUCCUGGUAGCGGUCUGGGCAUGGGCUACAACGUAAUGAAUCGAUGGCCAAGUGAACGAGAAUAUAGCGAGAAGGCGGGAUAUGCCGAAAGCAUUGCAUCGACUGAUCACUUCAUCUCUCAUCAAGCCCCUACUACCACCCCCGGUAACCAUUACGGCCAGCCGGGCCCGCCCUACGGCGGACGGACACAACAACCCUACAGCUCCCAUCCUCUUCAAUAUCAGUUCCCGCCACCGGUCGAUAAUCAGAGCUCGCUCAACCGCGCUCCGUCCUAUUCGAGCGACGAACAACGCUUCUAUACCGACGAUAAACAUCCCGUUGCUCCCUAUGCUCUGCCUCCUCCUCGCUCAUCCGCACCUUCUAGUGAUUACACCUCGUACCCUCACGAACCACCACCACCGCCACCACCUCCUCCACACCAUCAACAACACCACCAUCAUCAACAUCAUCAACAUGAACAGUAUCAGCAUGAAUAUCCUCAACAUGACCAGUAUCAACAUGAACAUCCUCAGCAUGAACAUCCUCAACAUGAACAUCAUCAACAUCAUCCUGAAGACGAGUACCAUCCUUGA